UGGGCCUGGCCGUUUUUAAGUUGAUUGACUUUUAGAUUGCUGACUACUGAGACUGGGGAAGACGCUCUAGAUCUAGCUAGAUCUAGAUCUAGAUACUACUCCUAGAAUCUAGACUUUGCGUAAUGGCAAGGGGGCAUAGCAAUGGUGCUAUACAGAACAAUAACUGACUGAAUUUUUAAAUAAAAUAAAAUGAGUUCAACACUCACAGUAGGUUUUGAAAAUGAAGUCCAUAAUGUGAUGAAGCAGUUGAAGAGCGGUCAUGGCUCCAGUCUGUAUGGGGCACUUAUUAUGCUGCGCACUACUCUUAUCAAGUCGAGAGCUGCACUGGAUAAGCUAUUGGAGCUAGGUUUGAUAAGGUUGUUAAUCAGACUUUUGGAAGAUGAAGGAAGGAAACUGAGCCAUAAUAAGACAAUUGACAUAGUUAUGAGCAUCUUAGCCAAUCUGUGCAUGGAGGAAGACGUCAGAGAAAAGGUCGUAAGUUGUGAUGGAAUAGGAGUGGUUGCCCGUGUGACCCUGGCUUGUGAACAAGAAAGUAUUCAAAACAGAGGAGUGAGAGCACUAGCUAAUCUGGCCCAUGAUGGGAAGAACACUGAUAGAAUUGUUGCUCUGGAUGUUCCUAUUUUUGUUGCCAAACGCUUGUUGGAGACUGACGAUGAGGAGUGUCGUGUUACAUUUUGCAGGGCUCUUCGACAAUUUGGACAGACACAAAAGGGACUUGACAAAUUAAUAGAAGACACCCAAGCUGUUCAGGCAUUGGCUGCUUUAUUGAAGCUUGACAGCAGGAAGCUGGCAGUUAAGAGUUUACGCAUCCUUACAGAAUUCUGUGCAAAAAGAUGUUGUCCAAAUUUUAGCGGGCAGAUUCUUGCUGCAAAUGUGCUACCAGAACUGGUCCAGUUUGCUGAGGAUGAAGACAGUGACAUUGCCCACUUCUCAUUCUCUCUUGUGUUACAACUGUGUGAGCAGGAACUCAUGAGGCCGCCCCUGGGAUCAGCUGGAGUCAUCCCUCUCCUGGUCAAACACAUGGCCAGUGAGAGACAUUUUAUCAACAAGGUUUCCACAUUAAACGCCCUGUGUUUGUGCACCAAGGAGGCAGUCAACAGACACAAAAUCUGUGAUGCAGGUGGAUUGAGCUUGUUUAUAACUGCUUUAAGAGGGGAUAAUGGACAGUUGACGAAUGGCAGAUUUUCAGUGCUUUACGAUAGAAUCAUAAGCUCUUUAGUGAAUUUUGUGUAUAAUGAAGACUGUUUUGGAAAGUUACUGGAGUGUGGUUUGGUCAGUGUGUUGGUAGAGCACCUUAAGAGAUGCUGUAGUCUGGACACAACCCAGACCCAUUUAAGGGCUGAGAUUGGACAACUUGCUCUUGUCAAUGAUGGGCAGAAACAUCAAGACAGUAUUGUGAAGAGUGGGAGAAGUGAUCGAGGUGUCAGUGGUUCUAGUACCCUGUGCCUAUCACCUGACCUUUGUGAUAACGAACAAAAACAUUCCAAAGAAGAAAUUUUAAGUGCUAUUGAUGAAGGGAAUGAACAAUCUGGUAUUGAAAAUGAAGACCCACUUAUUAUUGACAGCAGCAAGGCCACAGACAGACAGGGUAUGGUAGUUGAAGACAGCACUGACCUGCCUGAACUCCCUGCAGUAGCAGCUUCAGCUUCCAGACACACUUUCAGCAUCAACAGCCCAACAUACCAGGCAGAGACCUCUUGGAAGCUGGAGGACUACACAUCUGGGGUGACAUGCAAGGAUUUCACAGCAGACCAGGAAACAGCAAGGAUGUCCCCAUGCAGUUCAGUCCAGUCACCUUACAGCCCUUUGAGCGCUUCUUCUUAUUACUCCCCAUCCCAGACUUCUCCAGGCCAUAGCCUCUCACCCUCUCCUUCCUCACCUUCUUCAAGGUCAGUACACAGCCAGGGCAGCCCGGCUUGGUCGUCGCCCAGCUCUGAAAGACAUAGCAACAACUCCAGCUUCAGUCCAGUUCAUCACCCAUCAGCUUACUGCAUGUCCCCUGUCUCACAGUUCAGUCCACUCAGUAACCAUAACCCCAGCUCACCUCAGCAGUUUGACGAUGAGGCUCCGAGUCCAUUGUUUAACUCCCAGAUGUCCGUGCUUAGUCAAGCAGUCAGCCAGGAACUCUCCGGCAUUGCUUCUAGUGUAGAGGGUGCUGAUGGCUCGUCUAAGAAUGACAAGCAGACACCAGAAAGCCUGGUGUAUUCAGCCUCAGAAGAUGAUGAUGAUGACAAUAGUGAGGAUGAACACAUCACAGAUUCCUCUGAAUUAAGUAAGGCUAAAAGUCAUCCAGGUCCAUCAAAAACAGUCCUAACUGAUCUUUCUGAAACUUCUGGUUUGCCAAAUGCUAGAAUAGAGGGAAACAGCUCAGAGACAUUAGACUUAAUCCAAAGCUUUAGUGCUGAACAUUCAGAGAUGUAUUCUCAUUCCAAACCAAGUUACAAAAAGCGCAGAAAAUUAAACUCUGGAGAGUUUGUUAGCGAUGAGGUUAAUGUGAUGAAACAAGGUGUUGAGAUAAGUAAAUUGGAGCAGCUGGACAAUCCUAAUUGUACGCAAGUAUCUGCUAGUUGUUUAUCCACUGGGGUUGAUAAAUCUGAAAGUGGUUUGCGAGAUUCCGGCCUAACAGGUUGUGAAAAAAUUGAAUCUAAAAUGGACUUGAAAUCUGACGCCCAUUUUCACACAGAUGCGUUUAUGUGUGAAGGGAAAGGGAAAUCUCCUAUGAAAAGACCUAAAUCUCAAAUACAUCUUUCAUUUACAUCUUCUAGACCUUCAGAGGAAAGCUGUAGAAAUUUUACUCCUGAAGGGUGUAAAGAGAGUCCUGUUUCACCACGCAGGUCACCAUAUCCUGACAAGGGCCCAAAGAAUAACGAGACAUCAAAAAAUGAAAAAGAAAACUCUUUAAAAUUAGGAGAACUAAAGUUAAAAUCUUCGUCAUUAACAACACAGAAACCAUCUUCAAAAAAUGUGAUGACAGCAUCUACAGUAAGAAGGCUGCCCAAUGAGGAAAACUCUGACUCAAGAAUUAAAAAAAUUCUUCGAACGAGUGAGUCCAAUAUUCUAAUCCUCCUUUCACGGAUAUCAUUGAAGUCCAACCCAACUAGUUUAUUGGCUGAUGCCAGUGUCAUUGGCUGCCUCCUGAGCUAUUUGUCUCAAGCUUCCAAUCCUUUCCUACGUUGCUGGAGAGUCCUUGAUCGUCUGUGCAGCAAUCCACUGAGCUUUGACAAGCUUAUUCUUAUCCAAGUUCCAGCUUUGAUUGUCAGAACUCUGGUGCUAGAACAGGAUGGUACCUUCCCUGUCUGUGUGUUUUCUGGUGAAUGUAAGAACCAGCCAGGAUCAAGUAACAAGAUGAACCUCCACAGUUUGCUGCCAAUGUCACAGGACUCUGAGAGUUCCCAGACAUCAGAGCUGGGCAGGCUGAUGGAGCUGGAGUUUGGUGCUGAUGCUUACAGCCUCAUGUCUUCCAAACACGCUAAUUUUAGACAGCAUUCUUGUGCGUCUUCAGACAGCCAGACUACUGGUGAGCUAGCGUAUGAACCCGGUUGUUCUCGCACAGUGCCAAGGGUGGCAUUAGGUCUGAGACUGCUGCGCACCUUGGGGUCUGUGGCCAUGUCAAGUUAUGGAAAUGGUGAAAUAAGUCUUGUGCUAAACCGAGGAUCCACACAGGACCAGCUGGCUUGUCUAGUGAGUCUACUAUACUUGCCUGUUGGCUGUGGGCAUCGACAUACUCGCCAUCAGUUCAUCAGAAAAUUUAAACUGUGGGGGAAAAUUGUGCCAUACUUGUUUGUUCCUGAUGCACCAGAAGCAAGGCAGGCCAUCGUUACAGCCAUCAGUUUGAAUCUCCUUUUAGAGAAUCCACAAAAAGAAACCAAAAAAAUCUAUCAACUUCCUGUCUGUCCAGAUGCACCCAUUGACCCACAGCUAGCAACAUUGUCAGUGCAUGGGAAUACAGUGGAGAAUGUAAAAAACUAUGAAAAAAAUGGACUUCUGAGUAGUUGUGCUUGCUGUUAUGGGAAUUUCGUAGACAAUUAUAAUGUUUAUUUUCUAGUUCAUGAAGACAAAAUUGUACACAGGCUUGGUGUCAACAGAGAUAUUAUUAUGAGAAAAUCCAAUGUGUUUGCUGCCAUGAUGGGAGGGUCAUAUUUAGAGUCUAGUAAAACAGACAUUGAGAUAUUUGAUGUCCAUUUCAGUGGGUUUGAGUUUGUGGUUCACUAUUUACAUGGGUGUAGCUCAGGCUGUUCUGUCAUAGACUCCAUGUCAUAUGUGAAAUUGGCUGAGGCUCAAUCUAGAGUUCUGAGUAAUGCUGAGAUUUCUUCUGGUAAAGAUUGUGUUGAUAGCAACAGUUGUAAAACUAUGCUGAAAGAAAACAAAAUUCAAACAAGUACAGAAGGAACAUCUAUAUGCCAUGAUGAACAGUUUUCUGAAGAUUAUUCUGAAAUGGAAACAGAUCAAAAUCCAGUGAAAUCUGAACAUGUUGGGAUAAAUGACCUUAUUCAGUCUCAGGAUUCUCUGGACAGUUUAACAAUCGAGGACAACCUUGACCAUCCCGCUGUUAGCUCCCCUGGGGUAGCUGAUGGUGAUGAGAAAAUGAACAUUGUACUUGAGCUGAUAGACAAGUGUGCUGAGGUACUCAAUGUUGCAGACAGAUUCCUAUUGACUGAGCUAAUCACUUACACCAGUUCCAUUCUGUCCCAUUCUUGUUUACAUCAUUAUACUUGUGAUGUCAUUUUUCCCUUGGCCUGUUUUUAUAAGCUUGAUUCCUUAGCCAUUGACUGCCUACGAGAAACAUUGAUGUCUAAUAUAACUAGUCAAGAAACAUUGUCUAUUUAUAACAAUCUGUGUAUAAAUGGGUAUAAAGAGCAAGCCACUAGAGCUCUUUCCAAUCUCUUGACAAAUGCUACCAAAGAUUAAAUUGUUACUGCUAUCAACUGCUAUGUAGUUUUUUAGUGAUUUUUAAAAACUUCACUUCCUAAAUCCUGGUCAAUAUAUUCACUUCCUUUAUAAAUGGGACAUGAUCAUGAUGUAUUCACUUUUACCACUUGGAGUAAUGGUAAUCCUUAUUUUAAUUUCUGCACAUACUGGGAGAAAGUGGUGUGCUUCCAAGUGUAAGAACAGCCUUGACCUGUCAGAUUCCACAUGACCUUCUUCCUGUAUAUUAGAAUGUUUGUUAUUACCCCUGCACAUACUCAACUAAUUUAAGUGAUUAUCCACUGCUUGCAUUUUUUAAACUAUAAAAUGUGCCCUUAUUCCAUUUGAAUACAUUAAUAGAGGUUAUAUAGUACACUAUUUAUUAUUAGUAUUGAUACAUCUACUUCACUAUUUUAUUGAAUGUCAGUCUGCUUAGUCAUAUAUUUUAAUUCUGCUGAUACUGAUUAAAACUGGUCUAUUGCUGAUAGUAGGCCCUACUGUUUUUCCUGAUAAAAGAUUGAGAGAUGCAUUGCUUAUGCCUUGAAUAAAGUGCUUGACAUUCAUUUUUACUAGGCCUAUAGAAUUUUAAUAAAUAACUCAACUAUGUGAAAUGUGAUUACAGUAGCCCAAUAGUUUAAAAAAAAGUAAUAACUUGCUUGUAUUAUGAAAUCUGAAAAAGAGAACAUUUAUUUCAAACGGGUUUUGUCUUUACCUUUAUGUCAGCCAUGUGUAAGUCUGAUGAUAUACAAGAAAUAAAAAUAUAUACAAGUUGUAUCAAAAUGAGCUUGUGUGUUUACUACAUUACAACUGUAAAACAGAAAAUAACAUAGCUGUGGUCACUAUUACUGAAAUAUCCAGAUAAAAUUCAUGUCUGUCUCUCAUUGUUAAUUCAUAUUGAUAGGCUUCUGUUCAUUUUAAUUUUUUUCCAUUCAUUUUAGGACAUUGUAAGGUUGUUUUAGUAUGUGGGCCCUACACAUAUUUUUGUUUUUCCAAGAUAUAU